AUGGCACACCUCGACCCAUACUUCAAGCAGGUAGAUGACUUGCAAAGCAACUUUAUUGAGAGGCUGAGGGAGGCGGUUGCUAUCCCCAGUAUCAGUUCCGAGGACCAGAGGAGACCUGAUGUCGUCAAGAUGGGCCACUGGUUGGCGGACCAAAUCAAGGCGCUUGGUGGUACCGUUGAACUCCGCGAGCUCGGAAAGCAGCCUGGUCGCGAGCACCUCGACCUCCCACCGUGCCUUCUCGGACGCUAUGGAGACGACCCGAAGAAGCUGAAUGUCCUCGUUUAUGGUCACUACGAUGUACAGCCUGCGAACAAAUCCGACGGUUGGGCCACUGACCCUUUCACUCUGACCAUCGACGACAAGGGCCGCAUGUACGGACGCGGUAGUACAGAUGACAAGGGCCCAGUUCUUGGCUGGUUGAACGCGAUCGAGGCACACCAGAAGGCAGGUGUAGAGCUACCAGUAAACCUGGUCAUGUGCUUCGAGGGCAUGGAAGAGAACGGAUCAGAGGGUCUGGACGACACCAUUCGUGCUGAGGCCAAGAAGUUCUUCAAGGACGUAGAUGUCGUUUGUAUCUCGGACAACUACUGGCUGGGAACCGAGAAGCCAUGCUUGACAUACGGUGUCCGUGGAUGCAACUACUACCAAGUUGAGGUCUCUGGCCCUGGUCAAGAUCUGCACUCUGGUGUUUACGGCGGAAUGACACAUGAGCCCAUGACCGACUUGGUUCGUAUCAUGAACUCGUUUGUCGACCCUGACGGCAAGAUUCUUAUCAAGGGUGUUGACGAUCUUGUUGCUCCGCUUACCGAGCAGGAAGCUGCACUUUACCCACCCAUCGCAUUCACCAUGGACGGUCUACGGGAGUCACUAGGUGGUGAAGUCACAAUUCACGACAACAAGGAGGAUGCGCUGAAGUCCAAGAUGCGAUACCCUUCGUUAUCACUUCACGGUAUCGAGGGCGCUUUCUACUCCGAGGGCGCGAAGACUGUCAUCCCUGCUAAGGUCAUUGGAAAGUUCUCUAUUCGCACAGUACCAAACAUGGAGAUCGACCCUGUCACGAAGCUGGUCGAGAAGCACGUAAAUGACGAGUUUGCUAAACUGAAGUCGAAGAACAAGAUGAAGUUCAGCGUGGUUCACUGCGGAAAGUGGUGGGUAGAGGACCCCAACCACCCCAACUACACGGCCGCUGCCAAGGCUGUCGAGCGUGUCUUUGGUGUGAAGCCAGACAUGACCCGAGAAGGUGGUAGCAUUCCUGUCACAUUGACCUUCCAAGAAGAGCUUGGCAAGAACGUCUUGUUGCUGCCAAUGGGUAGCUCGACUGACGCUGCUCACUCGAUAAACGAGAAGCUCGACAAGAGGAACUACAUUGAGGGCACCAAGCUACUGGGAGCAUACCUGCAUUACGUUGCAGGAGAGAUGAAGCGCGAAUAG